CUGUCCAUGUCAACUAGCAGCACCCUACACCGCAUCUGCCCUUCAGUGUUGGAGUUAGUCCUCACAUGCUAAGUUUCAGCGUGUCAGAGCCUCUACGCAUUUUUAAUGCAGCUUUAGGACUUCUCGCGUCUCUUGUCUGUGUUUUUAAACGCGCUCAGUGUAAUUGCGGUAAUGGAGUGUCGUGUUUUGUCCAUUCAGAGUCAUGUUGUUAGGGGAUACGUGGGGAACAAGUCGGCAACAUUCCCGCUGCAGGUGCUGGGCUUUGAAGUGGACUCUAUCAACUCUGUGCAGUUCUCCAAUCACACAGGCUACGCCCACUGGAAAGGGCAAGUACUGACCGCAGAGGAGCUCAAUGUGCUAUAUGAGGGCAUUAAGCUCAAUAAGGUGAACCACUAUGACUACAUCCUCACAGGGUACAGCAGGGACACGUCCUUCCUGGAGACAGUGGUUGAUAUUAUUCAGGAGCUGAAGGACGCCAAUCCCAGCCUGGUAUAUGUUUGUGAUCCUGUUAUGGGAGACCACGGUGCUAUGUACGUUCCAGAGUACCUGCUGCCAGUCUACAGGGACAAAGUAGUGCCUUUGGCCGACAUCCUCACUCCCAACCAGUUUGAAGCAGAGUUAUUAACUGGAAGAAAAAUCAACAAGGAGGAAGACGCUUUAGAGGUGAUGGACUUGCUUCAUAAAAUGGGUCCAGAGACUGUGGUCCUCACUAGUACAGACCUGCCUUCGAAACAUGGGGACCAGUUCCUGGUGGCCCUCGGGAGCCAAAAAAUUGUGAAACCAGAUGGGACCAACACCAGUCAGAAGAUCUGCAUGGACAUCCCUAAAGUAGAUGCUGCAUUUGUGGGGACAGGAGACCUGUUUGCUGCCUUGUUGCUAGCCUGGACUCACCAUCACCCCAACGACCUGAAGACUGCCUGUGAAAAGACUGUUUCAGUCAUGCACCAUGUCAUUAAGAGGACCAUUACUUACGCCAAUGAGAUGGCCGGACCUGGGAAAAGGCCCAGUUCCGCACAACUGGAGCUGAGGAUGGUUCAGAGCAAAGCUGACAUCGAGAAUCCUGCCAUUGUAGUGGAGGCUAAGGUUGUACAGAAGUCCUCACACUGAAGACAACGUAACGUUUUCACGAACAUUUACAUCGUGCUGGUACAAAUCUGCUUCAGAUCUGGGCGGUGCGCCAGACUAUUGUAGGAUUUUCACAUCAAAGACUGUCACGUGUCUCUGCCUUACAGAAUCUCUGGGAAAGAGAACUAUGUUUUCAUGAGAGGAGUCAGCAGGAUUUGCUGUACAUGUACAUUCUGCUCACAAACACUGGAACCACUGCCAUAUGUGUCUGUGCUAUGGCCUUUGUAGACAUCAUCUACAACGGUCUAUUAGGGCCACUGUAGGUUUAAAAAAAAUAAAAUAAAAAAAAUAUGAGAGGGUGUUAAUAUUCCCCAAAAAAACUCUCCAAGAUUAAAGUCAUAAAUCUGAAGAAAAAACAUUGAUUUUCUCUGAGAUUAAAGAGGUAAAUUUACAAGAGAAAAAAAUAUUCUGAGAUUAUAAAGUCAUACAUUUGCUAGAAAAAAAAUAAUAAAUUCAAAUGUGCUUAUAUUAUUAAAGGCUCUGUACUCUUUUAAAAGCAGGGUAUGCAGAUGUUAAUAAAACAGCAGUCAGAUACGUCUACUUACACCAAACAGUAUUAUGAUGAGAUGAUGUGACACAUUUCAUGUGGCUUUGUUGCAGUCUCUCAUAUUUGCCUAAUUUUCCCCAAUUAUUUCUAAUAGAUUUACCACUUUAAUCUCGGAAAUUAAGUUUGUCUCCGAAUAUUACCCCCUACCCCAGCUCUGUAAUUUUUAAAUGUUUUAUGUACAAAGGCCCUAAUAUUCCAUUGUACAGCAUCUGCCCUUCAAAACAAAAAAAGAACAGUAGCCAACUAUGUUUAGUUUUUAAUAUAGUGUAACUGUACUUGAAUCCCCAUUAACAUUGUGAAAAUAAUUUCUUGCUGUAAAGCAACUCCUCUCAAUUUAACUGAAUAGAAAAUUCCACAAAACCAGUGAUGCAUGCUUGACCAUGCCUCUACUUGUUUUGGCUUUGAUCGUAGGUAAGGACUAGUCCUAUGUACUUAGUGUGUUGCUCACAACACAUGAUAAGCACAUCAUUAUACUGUCUAAAUAUAUCAAAACAUAAUGCGUUUCAGAUUCACAAGGCAUUUUAUUACAUAGUGUGUUUUCUGAAAUGAAUAUUAAAAAAUAGGUAUGAAUGCAUGCAGUGUGCUUAUAAUGCACUUUGGUGUUUUAUCAUGCACUUUAAAAGCAGAAUGAGUAGGAUUUGUUGAUUGCGAUUUCUAAACACAACAUUCAAAGUUCAGCCUAUACAUGGAAAAGACAAUACUUAAGCAAGCUAGCUAAGUUAACCUCAGGCACCCACCUGUCCAACAGAAAACGGGUCAACUCGUCAUCAGUCUUCAUCCACCAUCCUCUCCUUCAGUGCUCGCCAGCGGGUUAAAGCCAACGCCAGAUUCACUCUAGUUUUGGAACAAACUUUGUCCGCUUAGCAUUACUCCUUUCUAUAUUUGUUUAUUUUAGUGUUGUCUGUUUGUAGCUUGCUCUUGGUGCUUAAGAUCUGUCACCUGGGCUACCUCUUUAUCCCGCUGUCACACUGUGCGCGCUGUUGGUGGCUGAGGGCUACACACCCACUACCCAAAGGCUGACACUCAUAAAUGUCCUGAACACAAUAACAUAAGAAAAUAUAAGGCAGAGGGCAUGGACUCUGAAGAUAUCUCAGACAUACACCACCACACACUUCUAAUGGGUCAUAAGUGAUGAAAAUCGUACUCAUUCUGCCUUUAAGUAAGGUACCACCUUAAGAUGCAUUAAGUCCUAAGAUGUACAUUGAGACUCCCACAAAAUGUCAAACAUUUUAUGAAAUUAAAAUGUAGUCUAUACAGUUUCAUUACGCCAAUUGGUUUUGCUUUGAACAAAUUAUAACUUGUGAUAAGUGAUGAUCACGAUAAUAGUUGAUGUCUAACAUUGUUCUUUUAAUCAAUUUUCUGAAAAAGAUUUUUUCAAUUGUGCAUUGAACUAGUGGAUUAUAAAAUGUUAGCUCCAUGUCUUAAACAUCUCAAAUUGAGGUAUUUGCACAGAUAAUCUUUAGUACAUUUACUAAUGAUCAUUGUUUUACAUUUUUGACUGUUGUCAUAUCUCAACAAAAGAGUCUGUAUGAGAGACCAUGCUGUAUAAUAGCCUUAAAAGGAUUAGGGGGGAAAAAAACAUCGGUUAUGAAUGUAGUGUACCAAUGUAAGAGUUGAUCCUCACACAAAUGUUAGAAAUGUCAAGUGCCCAUCCUUGAGCUAAUGCUCUGAUAUAGAUCAAUAGAAGAAAUAAUAAAUUAUAAUUAUUUUACUGAAA